AUGUCCAAAUUUCGCGGAUUCAACCUCAGGAAGCGCCUCAUCCGGGUCUCCAAAUGGGUCUUCAGGAAGAUCCGGUUCCGGGGCCGACCCGGAUACCAUCGCCUCGGCGACUAUCACCGGUCGCCUAUCGCCAAACUCCUCAAAUGGGGUCGCAAGCUGAAGGCCGGCGCCAAGUCCUUCUUGACAGUGACGUCCGGGUCGGGUUACGCUCAAUUAGGAUCCGACCCUGAUCCGAGUGUGCCCAAGGGACACCUCGCCGUGUACGUAGGGCAGAAGGAUGGGGAGUUGCACCGAGUGCUGGUGCCGGUAAUAUACUUCAACCACCCUUUGUUUGGGGAAUUGCUGAAGGAGGCUGAAGAGGAGUUCGGAUUCCACCAUGACGGGGGAAUCACCAUACCGUGCCGGUUCACCGAGUUUGAACAGGUCAAGACCCGAAUCGCAUCCGGAUCUCGCCGGGGUGUCCGUUCAAAGAGGAUGGACUGGUGA